UGCCGCUAUGGCGUCAUCCCAGCGCGUUCAGCGGCUUCGGCGGGCGAUCGAGGACGAGCGCCAGCGCCAGAAUGAGUGCAGCGUCUAUUUGGGCGCCAGCAAGAGGCGACUCAACUCAUGCAAGCAGUCGCCAACGACGCGGUCGGUGAUUCGCGUGGCCUCGACGACCUCAAUUGUCAGUCGACGGGGUCGGGCCUGCGCCGGUGAGUCCUGGCAGUCGUCGUACCAGCUCGAGCGUGGCGACUGGGACGCACCCGUUCGCGUGGACAUUGCGUGCGUUCGCUCGGGUGGCAAAGAGCAGACGCGGCAGCGCAUUGCGGCGGCGCGGAUUGCCACGUGGUGCUGGCGCCAACAUGUGCGGGCCAAGCUCCAGGCGCAAGCCUUUGGCACGAUCGAGACGCUACCGAGUCAACUAGCCCAGCACAAGCUCCAGAAGCAGUCUCCGCGCGACGUGUUGCGGCGCAUCCAGGCGGAAAUUACUGCCAAAGCCACGUUCCGGAUCCAAUCACGCGCUGCGCGCGUCCUGCAGCGCUUUUUUUUCAAAGCGCUUUUGCACCUCGGGAAGAAGAGCCAUGUUCUCAUCGCCGAGGCAUCGCGCAAGCAGCGCCAACUGAACGCUAUGAAACGGGACCGCGCUGCGCGGUACAUCCAGGCCAUGUAUCGCAACCGUCGGGCGCGGCAGCAACACAGUGCGUGGAAGCUGAGUCGGAGCAAGGCCAACUACUGUCGCAUCAUGGUGCUCGAGGCCGAGUACAACACGCGGCCGUCGGCGGUCGAACUCUUGCAGCUCUCCAGAGCCUACGCCGAGUUGGCGUCACAGCCCGUGUACGCCGACGAGCAGCUCCUUCUAGUCCGCUGCAGUUUGCUCUUCGUCUCCAAAGCAAUUGCCUUUGGCCACGUGCCCGAGAACCCACGUGACUUUUGGCCGGCGCUCGCCGCUCGGCUCGUGGACCUCUGGCAGCGUGGUGGACAUAUCGAGGUUCCGCUCUUGCAGCAAGCCGCCCACGCCUACGAGACUGGCCUCUCGUUAACACCGUCGGCUUCAGAGAUGUGGCUCGCGUACAUUGAAGUGCUUUUUGAGCUUGGACUCUACUGCCAAACGCUCAAAGCCUGUGAUCAGUACGCCCGAACGUUCGAGCACGCAGCGGUCGAGGGUCCCCGGCGACGCCACCACGCGCGCCCUACGGCCAUUUGGCGCUUCCAAGUGCAGUCUUACUACCACGUUGGUGACGUGGACGCGGCGCUUGGCCUCUUGGAGGACCAGCGACAAGAGUCCCCCCCGGUAUACAGUCCCAUGGAGCUUUUGCUGCUGCUGACGCGCUGCCACGACGUGGCCAAACCCACGCAGCCCAACCCGUACUACGACGAGCUGCUCCAGUCGCUCUACUCGGCCGACGACAUUACUCGACACGAGCUCACGCCCGCGAUGCUCGUGGCGACGCCAGGACUCUUUAUGGACCUCGCGCUCACGUGCGCGGCGCGGCGCGAUUUUCCUUGGGCCGUCGACCUCCUCGAGUGCAGCUUGCGCGGUGUUGAGCGACCAUCGCACGACCACCUGCACGCGCUUGCACAGAGCUACUUUGGGGUUGGCAACCUCAAGAAAUGUGCGCAUGUGCUCCUCCGCGUCCGCGGGUCGGCGACGACGGCGUGGUUUGCACAGGUACAGCGCCACGCGACGCUGUUUGAGGCCCAGCACCGCAUCAGCGUGCUCCAUCUGAGACGGGAGCUCCACGUCGCCUUGUAGCGUAUGUAUUGCUGGCAUAUUAUUUCCGUAAAAUGUUGAAGGCGGCCACGUACUGGAUCGCCGUGUGCUUGAGAGA